UGUUCAGCUAUGAUUGGGUCAGCGUGCCCUGGUGUACACCCAGGUAAUUUUCAGAGCAAUGAGUGCUUCCCAUCUCCACAUUUUAACAUGACUGCUUGGCGAAUGGAAUCAGAGAUUUGCACUGUCGUGGAGCAGAUUUCCGUUGCAUGGAUAAAUGCCAGGGUGAAGCGCAAGGGCUUCACCUAAGAUCUCGGAGGAAAAAGAACUACUGAAAAGAACAUUGCGCCUAUGUGAUAAAGGGUGCUAGUGAGUAACGUUCCUACUCAAGAGCAUCUUUGUUUGCAUGUUGCACAAGCCUCGACGACGUGUGACUAGUCAGUCAUGUUAUAAUCUAUGCACAGACAUUGAGCUGAAUGCUCCGUCGCAUCCUGGUCAUCAUCUAACAUGCCAAAGAGACUUCAUUAUGCAAUUUGAGUGUGACAAAGUCGCAUGUAGUGACUUCCGGUGAACCCUGUGUUACAGCACUCUGUUGGAAAGCCGGUGAUAUAAAGUGUGAUUAUGCAACGAACAAGUUUGUUAUCAGAAAACCAUCAAAUUUUCUCCAAGUGAUCAAUCUCUCCAUACCUGUGCUGCAAUUCACAACUAACAUUUGUGUUUUGUGUGAUAGUUGAACAUAUCUACCUCGUCAAUAAUUCUAAGUCUUCGCUGAGCCCUCUUGGGUGAAGGAGUUGUUGGCGAUAUAUUUAUCUGAUAAGGAUGACGAUCACUUACACGUCCAGGGUGGCGAAUGUUCGCUUCUGUGGCUUCUCUCGCUUGCUCUUCUAUUGGAAGGGCAGCAUUUACAAGCUUGUCUACAAGGAAAUGGCAGGUUUUGCUCUCCUGUACGCUUUCCUUAGCAUUAUGUACAGAUAUGCACUUGAUGGCGAAUAUCGAAGGGUGUUUGAGAACAUUGCAAUUUACUGUGCAAAAUUCACUGAUCUUAUUCCGGUGUCAUUUAUCUUGGGAUUCUAUGUUGCCAUCGUCGUCACACGGUGGUGGGAGCAGUUUGUCAACAUUCCAUGGCCAGACAAGAUCAUGCAGUAUGUCGCAUCGAAUGUACACGGCACGGAUGAACGUGGCCGGAUCAUCCGACGCACACUGAUGCGCUACUGCAACACGUCUGCGGUGAUGGUCUACCAGGCAAUCAGCAUGCGCGUGAAAAAGCGCUUUCCGACAAUCGAUCACCUCGUUGAAGCAGGGUUCCUUACGGAGAAUGAGAGGAAGCUGAUGGAUGAUACACCAUGCCCACAUGGCAAAUGGUGGUUCCCAUGCCACUGGUUUAGCUGUCUUCUCUCCCAAGCACAUGCAGAAGGUCGAAUCAAGGACACAUACAUACUAAAGGCAAUUAUGGACGAGAUGCACUUAUUCCGUGGAAACUGUGGAAUGCUGUUCAGCUAUGAUUGGGUCAGCGUGCCCCUGGUGUACACCCAGGUAUGAAAACAUUGCUUUACACAGCGCUAUUAAUAUGUGGGUUUUGUGAAUAAUUAAAAUGAAUAAAUUCCAUGAAUGAUACGUUAUUACUUAAUUACUUUAAAAUUGGUU